AUGGCGGCAUCUGUCGGACAAGGAGUUCAGCCGGCAGUGGUCUUUGGCGGAUCCCCAGUUUCCUUUGGGGAUGUAGCCAUGUUCUUCACAAAGGAGGAAUGGGCUCUGCUGGAUCCAGGCCAAAGAAAACUCUGCUGGGAAGUGAUGGAGGAAAAUUAUGAGACGGUGGCAUCUAUAGUUGCGGAAGUGAGGGAGAUGGUGCAGGAGAAGCCAUAUAAAUGUUGGGAGUGUGGAAAGAGCUACUCAUGGAUUAGUGACUUAACUGCACAUGAAAGGCUUCACACAGGGGAGAAGCCACAUAAAUGCUUGCAGUGUGGAAAGAGCUUCUCUUACAAGAGCACCCUAACUACACAUCAAAGGGUUCACACAGGGGAGAAGCCAUAUAAAUGCUUGGAGUGUGGAAAGAGUUUCUCUCGCUGUGACCGCCUAACUAGUAGCAGCCUAACUAAACAUCAAAGGAUUCACACAGGGGAGAAGCCAUUUAAAUGCUUGAAGUGUGGAAAGAACUUCUCUCAGAGUAGCACCCUAACUGCACAUCAAAGGGUUCACACAGGGGAGAAGCCAUCUAAAUGCUUGGAGUGUGGAAAGAGCUUCUCUUGCAGUAGCCACCUAACUGAACAUCAAAGAGUUCACACAGGGGAGAAGCCAUAUAAAUGCUUGAACUGUGGCAAGAACUUCUCCCAGAGUCGCAGCCUAACUAAACAUCAAAGGGUUCACACAGGGGAGAAGCCAUAUAAAUGCUUGGAAUGUGGAAAGAGUUUCUCUCGCUGUGACCGCCUAACUGUACAUAAAAGGGCUCACACAGGGGAGAAGCCAUAUAAAUGCUUGCAGUGUGGAAAGAGCUUUUCUUUGAAUAAAUAUUUAACUAAACAUCAAAGGGUUCACACAGGGGAGAAGCCAUAUAAAUGCUUGGAAUGUGGAAAGAACUUCUCUUACAAUAGCAGCCUAACUAAACAUGAAAGGGUUCACACAGGGGAGAAGCCAUUUAAAUGUUUAGAGUGUGGAAAGAGCUUCUCUUACAAUAGCACCCUAACUGCACAUCAAAGGGUUCACACAGGGGAGAAGCCAUCUAAAUGCUUGGAGUGUGGAAAGAGCUUCUCUUGCAGUAGCCACCUAACUGAACAUCGAAGAGUUCACACAGGGGAGAAGCCAUAUACAUGCUUGAACUGUGGCAAGAGCUUCUCCCAGAGUCGCAGCCUAACUAAACAUCAAACUGUUCACACACGGGAGAAGCCAUAUAAAUGCUUGGAGUGUGGAAAGAGCUUCUCACGGAAUGACACUCUAACUGCACAUCAAAGGGUUCACACAGGGGAGAAGCCAUAUAAAUGCUUGGAGUGUGGAAAGAGCUUCUCUUGGAAUGGUGACCUAACUGCACAUCAAAGGGUUCACACAGGGGAGAAGCCGUAUAAAUGCUUGGAGUGUGGAAGGAGCUUCUCUUGCAGAGGCAACCUAAUUAGACAUCAAAGGGUUCACACAGGAGAGAAACCAUAUAAAUUCUUUUAG